AGAAAACUUGCAGACUGCUCUCGCUUGUCAAGUUGUUCAUAAAAAUGCUCUCCUUGCUGCUGUUCAACAGGCUGCAUUUUGCCCCAUGAUGCAGGUCACACGCCCUGUGGACAUGAAGGCCUCCAGAAGCUUUUGUUUCUAUCCAGUUGGAGAAACAGGGUCCACGAGAUAUGAUGCUGAACACAUUCAUUGAAAAGAAACAAAUCCUGGGCAGUAGAAUGCAAAACCCUGAUGAAGUUGAAAGAGUCAAAAGAGACGUUAUUGCUGAAUAUUGUCAUAAGAUGAACCAUCGUAUAUCCCAAUACUCUGUUCGAAGUCAGAUCAUUGCAUAUUACAACAGUAUAAAAACGAUGUUGGAUGAUUUCCCCAAUGUGAGGGCCAAAUACUUCAUUAUAGGGUUGCCACAAGAGAAAAAAGAAGAAAAAGAAUUGAAAGAAAAACUUAAAGAUGAUUUCAGAUCAUUCCAGCCACGACCCCAUUGCUUGCUGUCUGCUGAUGGACAAUCCUUUCUGAACCUGUGGUUCAUUCCUCACUCUUCUGAAGUCCUCUCUCUGUUUAAAAUGUUACCGGAGAAGACUAGCUACAGAGCCCUGAGGCAGACCCUGCAAAUUGUGGCAGCUUUUCACGACAUUAUCUCAUACAUUUUCAGCUUUGCUCAGCUAGGCAGUGCACCAGGCUGCUUCGAUUACCUGUGUCCUAACCAUCUCUCUGCAGACUGGGGAGGGACAGAACAGAUUGGAAUUGAACUACAAGAAUUGCAGAAAAAGAUAGACAGUCUUCAUAAUCCCUUGGAUCCAAAUAAAGUAGCUCAGAUGCUGAGCAUACACAGACAGGUGAUGCUUCUGCAGUUUCAUGCCGCAGUUAGACAUUGUAUGCGAGAAGCAUUUUUAUCAUCUGGGAAUGUUUCCGCCUAUCAGAGCAUUACAGACAACAUCUACCAUGGGUUGCCCCUGAUAAGUAAUAUAAUUAUUAAAAGUGCAUUUGGUUCUCAGCUCCGACUUCCACAGCUGCUAGAUCCACAUGGCCAAAGAGUGAGUAAAACAGACUUUAAAGUAUUUUUAUUUAAAGUAUUCACUAUUAUCUAUGAAAGGUGUACAGUGUUGUGAACUUGGCCCUCCCCUUCUUUCCCUUAGGUUCCAAAACACCAGACAAUCUCUUUGCAAAGCUGCUCUUUAUUGGCACUUCACAACUAUAGGACAAAGCAACUCUAAAAGCCCUCUAUUGAGUUUUCUUAUAUCAAGAAAGUUAAAUCCAAACUGGGGACUUCUCCCCCAAAUCCUUCCCUUUUGUUAACUCUGUGGGCUCCACCUUCAGGGUGUCUCCUGCUGGUGAAGGGCUGGCCGGUGAGACCUAUGCAAGCCCUCUAACUGGGCAGCUCAUCUCUCUUGACACCUUGGCUUGAGGUCAGGGACCGCG